CUUCACCUGGGAUAAAUACCUGAAAGAAACAUGUGCCAUCCCAGCUCCUGCCCAUUGCUUCAAGCAGUCGUACACUCCGCCUAGCAAUGAAUUCAAGAUCAGCAUGAAACUAGAAGCCCAGGACCCCAGAAACACCACCUCCACUUGCAUCGCCACUGUGGUGGGUCUGACAGGCGCACGGCUGCGCCUGCGUCUCGAUGGCAGUGACAACAAGAAUGACUUCUGGCGGCUGGUGGACUCUGCUGAAAUCCAGCCCAUAGGGAACUGCGAGAAGAAUGGAGGGAUGCUGCAGCCGCCUCUGGGUUUUCGGCUGAAUGCCUCCUCUUGGCCCAUGUUCCUCCUGAAAACUCUGAAUGGAGCAGAGAUGGCUCCUCUCCGGAUUUUUCACAAGGAGCCACCGUCUCCAUCCCAAAACUUCUUCAAGACGGGCAUGAAGCUGGAGGCAGUGGACAGGAAGAACCCACACUUCAUCUGCCCAGCCACCAUUGGGGAGGUGAGAGGCUCCGAGGUCCUCGUGACGUUCGAUGGCUGGAGAGGUGCAUUCGAUUACUGGUGCCGCUAUGACUCCAGGGACAUCUUUCCUGUCGGCUGGUGCUCACUGACAGGAGACAACCUGCAGCCCCCUGGGACGAAAGUUGUGAUUCCAAAGAGCCCGUUUCCUGUCUCUGAAGGAAGUGCCGAGAAGCCCAGCAUGCACAGCAGCAUGAAGACUGCUUUGGGGCCCCAACCUGAGCAAAAGCGUCGCAAGUCGGGCAAGAAGCGCGGCCGGACGCCCAAGGCCUUGAUCCAUCACCCCAUCCCUACCCCCUCCAAAUCUGUGGAGCCUCUGAAAUUCCCCAAAAAGAGGGGACCAAAGCCUGGCAGUAAGAGGAAACCUCGGACUUUGUUGAAUCCAGCCCCCACCUCUCCAACAACUAGCACCCCAGAGCCAGACACCAGCACUGUGCCCCAGGAUGCUGCUACUAUCCCCAGCUCUGCCAUGCAGGCCCCCACAGUCUGCAUUUACUUGAACAAGACCAGCAGCACCGGGCCUCACCUGGACAAAAAGAAAGUUCAGCAGCUGCCUGACCAUUUUGGACCAGCUCGGGCCUCUGUGGUGCUGCAGCAGGCAGUACAGGCCUGUAUUGACUGUGCUUACCAUCAGAAAACUGUCUUUUCCUUCCUGAAGCAAGGCCAUGGGGGAGAGGUCAUUUCAGCCGUGUUUGAUCGGGAACAGCACACUCUGAAUCUGCCGGCAGUAAACAGCAUCACCUACGUCCUCCGCUUCUUGGAGAAACUCUGCCACAACCUGCGCAGCGACAACCUCUUUGGGAACCAGCCUUUCACUCUGAACCAUAUGCAACACUCCCACGCGUACAGCCACGACAGGUACCUACCAGACAGAAGCAGUUCAUUAGACGGCACUCUGCAGGGACCAGGCCGAGGUACAAAGCGAUACUCCCAAGAUUCCCCUCCAUACAGCGCUCCUCUCUCCCCCAAGUUACCAAAGAAUGACCGUCACCCUUUGGAAGGUGAAACCUUUGUUCUGGGAGACGGCCUCCCAGGUCCCCUGGAACCUCGCCUGGACCCAAUGGACUCUGCCUUGAACUCUGUCAACUCAUCCAGUCCCAGCAGGAACUGCAGAGACUACCGCUUGCAGGGAUACAGGCAUCUGCACCAGCCCUCUAGCCUCACUCAAGGCAAUGCUUCUGCCUUGCGUAGGCUUAGCUCUGGGGGUAAGUCAUCCUGCCAAGGCUCUUCGUUUGGCAAUAUGGAGCUUUGCUAGCUCCUGUUACAUCUUUCUAAUGCCAGCAAGUACCCGAGACUGGCCUCUACAUUGUCAGUUAAACAG